AUGUUUGCGGCGGCAAAUUCGUUCUUCGGGCGGACGAACAUCUCUCAGUCCUACAACAUCGCGACCUCUCUGUCGGUCAACAGCAGGACAUCUACACCUACGCCAUCAGGGUCUUCUUCUACUCCAUUACCUGUUGCGACAGCGCAUGCACCCCCCUUUCAUGUUGGGCCAUGGCGUGUCCAAUCCGCGACGCACAAAGUUACGCACAAACGUGUCUCAGUAUGGAGCGCGGAUAAGCGCAGCCAGGAGAUGGAGAAGAUGGGUGCGGUCUCGAAAGAACGAACAUUGGAGGUGUUGAAGUCUGAGGCGUCUGCUCUGAGCCGACUGCGCCAUCCCUCCAUCCUCGAGAUGGUAGAGCCUCUUGAAGAAACGCGCAACGAGCUUAUAUUCGCGACCGAGCCGGUGCUUUCAUCGCUGCGCCUCUCCAUCCCUGGCUCCUCGCACUACUCACCUCUAGUCGAACUGGACGAAGUCGAAAUACAAAAAGGGAUUCUGCAGAUAUGCAAGGGGCUCGCGUUCCUCCAUACCUCCGCCCGCCUGAUCCACUCUAACCUCACCCCGGAGAGUAUCAUCAUCAACAGUUCCGGUGAUUGGAAGAUCUCCGGCCUGGGCUUGACAAUACCUCUGACCACCUCGGGAGGAGGUCCCACGCGUUGGGAGUUCCCGACCUUUGAUGGCAGAUCUCCACCAUACACUCAACGCUCCUUCGACUACAUCGCGCCGGAGUAUGCAUUGGACGAAGUCCUCGAUACUGCUUCAGAUAUGUACUCUAUAGGUUGUAUCAUGUAUGCAGUCCACUCCAAAGGCAACCCGCCUUUCAAGAAUCACGGGAGUCUUGGUGGCUUGCGCGAGAAUGCAGGAAAGCCAUUGGCGGGGAUGGACCGUUGGGAUUCAGAUUUGAGAGUCGUCCUCAAUUCAUUGAUCACCCGGCACGCACAUAACCGCCCUACCCCGAUGACUCUGCCUUCACACCUGUUCUUCUCCUCAUUGCCAAUCUCAACCUUGAAUUUUUUGGACCGCUCCAACUUUGCUGCCAAGUCGCUUGAGGAGAAAAUCUCAUUUAUGAAAGGUCUCACUGGCGUUCUGGGGAAGUUCUCAGAAGCUCUCCGGACAAGGAAAAUCCUUCCGUCGCUUCUUGAGGAGAUGAAAGACACCCAUCUACUUCCCUACAUCCUGCCAAAUAUCUUUGCGAUUUCACAGAUAUUGACAUCUAGCCAAUUCGCCACUCUCGUGCUCCCAAAUCUCAAACCGCUCUUCACUAUCAAGGAGCCGCCGCAGAAUAUGCUGACGCUCUUGGACAACUUGGAGAUCCUGCAAAAUAAGACAGAGAAACCGGUGUUUCGCGAGCACGUAUUACCUUUGGUGUAUAACGCACUGGAGUCCGAGCAUGCAGUGGUACAAGAGCGUGCACUCAAGGUCGUACCGGAUCUCUGCGAGAGCAUCGACUACGCGGAGGUGCAGGGGGUACUCUUCCCUCGAGUUGCUCUUGUGUUCACAAAAACGCGGAUACUAACCGUCAAAGUUGCCACGCUGGUGACCUUCCUGGCCAUGGUGAAGACACUCGAUCAGACAAGUCUUACACAAAAACUCGUUCCCUUGCUUUCGAAGAUCCGGACGAAGGAGCCCGCGGUCACGAUGGCAACACUAGCCGUGCAAGAGGCUAUGGGUCUCAAAGUAGACCGAGAAGCUGUGGCUACUUUGGUCUUACCGCAACUCUGGGCGAUGUCCAUGGGUCCACUGCUGACCAUCUCGCAGUUCAAGCGUUUCAUGGAGGUGAUCCGCAAGCUCGGUGACCGUGUGGAGAAGGAACAUGACCAGUAUCUGCGUGAUUCCCAGCGGGUCGAAGAUCGCUCGACAUUGGCGAAUGGUGACACUGCUGUGCCUAACACAAAUAUAGCCGUCGACUUCGAAAAUCUUGUCGCGAGUGGCGGAGUCGCGAAUGGAGGGGUUACCACAGUGAAGGCAGACACGGUGAUUGAUCCGUCGAAAGCUUGGGAGGACGAUGUGUGGGGCAGUAUCUUCUCCAGUGGUCCAGAGACUCCGGCCAUGGAGAGCCUUGCCAUUCCUCCUCUGCCACCCCCACCAUUGCAGCCGCAGACACAGUCAUUGCCGUCGUCACCCAAAGUUUCCAACAAUGGCGUGCAUGCAACACCCGCGAGGCCCGCUUUCAGUCGUCCUUACCCCGGACUGGGUGCAACCCCUAUCCCCUCUACGUCCUUCAAUCAUGCUACCUUUGCUUCUUCCCCAACAGUGUCGGCGACGGCGAUGUCUACACCAACGAGGUCCACGCCGACGAUGUCAACACCGACGACGUCGGCGCCAGGGAUGUCUAUGACAUCCAUGUUGACACCAUCUAUGUCUUCGUUCUCGCGUCCUUCGCUAUCCUCAGCUACUCCGCAUCGCAGUUUCCCCGCAGCGACGCCUACUCAAGCGCCAGCACCAAACUACAACAUCUCGCUUCCCCCUGCACCAAAUCUACCUAUUAUGUCAUCGCCACUAGUCGCAACACCGCCACAGAUGGGAAACGUCCUCGUUCCUUCGAAACCAUCGCAACCAAGCUGGUCGAGCGUAGGCACAACAAAGCAGCUGUCUCAGGCAGAUUGGGGGGAUUUCGACCCACUGGCUUAG